UGAGGGAGGGACUCAAAUGACAAUAAAUACAUUCUGAGUAAACAUCUGAUAGUUCAGUGACAGUGAGUAUCAGACCGGAAUAAUGCGGGUGGGCUCAGUGUGGCUGGCAGCUGUAAUCGUAUCCUUACCUCUAGUGGCACUCUGUCAACCCCUUUACAUUCUCUCAGCUCCGAAUCUGCUGAAGGUGGGAGCCACGGAGAAAGUGUUUGUGGAGGCGCAGGACUAUGCUGGAGUAAAUCUGAAUGUUAAAAUCUCAGUGAGAAUCUCUCAAAGUAACGGCCGUGAACUGACGAGCACAUCAGUCACUCUGACCGCCGACAAGAACUACCAGGAGCUGGUGGAGAUCGAGAUACCUGGUGAUGCUUAUGCCUUUGAGAAGGGAGUGAAGCAGUAUGCAUACCUGCAAGCCCAGUUUCCACAGAAGCUGCUGGAGAAACAGGUCAUGGUGACCUUCCAAUCCGGACACAUAUUUUUACAGACUGAUAAGACCAUAUACACUCCAAAUAGCAUGGUUUAUUACAGGGUGUUUUCAAUGAGUCCCGGCAUGAUACAGCCUCUGGAAAGUGGAGUGAGAGUGGAGAUCUUGACACCUGAUGGCAUCAGUCUUCAGACUAAAUCUGUGUAUCCCAAAGGAGGAAUGACCUCAGGAACAUUCAGCCUCACUGAUCCAGCCAGUUCAGGGAUGUGGAGAGUUGUGGCGUGGCACCAGAACAGUCCACAGAAGAACUUCUCCUGUGAGUUUGAGGUCAAAGAAUAUGUCCUACCCAGCUUUGAGGUCUCCUUAAAACCAAAAAACGCCUUUUUCUACGUCAACGAUGACAGUCUAUCAGUCGAUAUUGAGGCCAAGUAUUUGUUUGGGGAGAAGCUUAAUGGUCAUGGAUUUGUUGUAUUUGGUGUGCUGACUGAAGAUAAAGGGAAAAUAAGUAUACCAGGUUCCUUACAGAGAGUCACGAUUUUUGAUGGGAUUGGAAGAGCGGAGCUGAAGAGGCAACACAUCCUGGAGACUUUCCCAAAUAUUAAGCAGCUUGUUGGCCAAUCACUGUUCAUUGCAGUCAGUGUGUUAACCGAUACCGGCAGUGAAAUGGUGGAGGCCCAGAGAAGAGGCAUUCAGAUUGUGACAUCGCCAUAUACAAUCCACUUCAAAAGAACACCACAAUUCUUCAAACCUGGAAUGCCCUUUGAUAUCUCGGUUUAUGUGACAGAACCUGACCAGACACCUGCUGACAGAGUAGAAGUGGAGGUCAACCCUGGAGGGAUCAGAGUUCAAACAAAAUCCAAUGGCAUCGCAAAAGCUACCAUAAAUUCUCAGGGAGGAAUUUCUACACUGGAGAUCACUGCAAUGACCAAAGACCCUCGAUUAAGCAAUGAACAGCAGGCAGUGAAGAGGAUGACCGCUCAAGCCUACAUGCCCAAAGGUGGCUCCAACAACUACCUUCACAUUGGCAUUGAUGCUGCAGAACUUGAGAUUGGUGAUCAAAUGAAAGUCAACCUGAACCUGGGAAGAAACCCUGAAGUCAGAGAGCAAGAUUUCACCUACAUGAUCAUAAGUAAAGGACAGAUUGUGAAUGCUGACAGGUUUAGGAGAAGAGGACAAUCCCUUGUGACUCUGUCUCUACCUGUAACCAAAGACAUGCUGCCCUCCUUCCGCUUUAUUGCUUAUUACCAUGUGGGCUCAUCUGAGGUGGUGUCUGACUCAGUCUGGGUAGAUGUGAAGGACACAUGUAUGGGGACGCUUAAAGUGGAAGUUCAGAAUGGAGUGAAUAUCUACGAACCAGGUCAAGUGUUUAGUCUGAAAGUAACAGGAGACCCUGGGGCAAAGGUCGGGCUGGUGGCUGUGGAUAAAGGUGUUUAUGUCCUCAACAACAAGAACAGACUUACUCAAACAAAGAUCUGGGAUGUUGUUGAGACUCAAGACACUGGCUGCACGGCUGGAAGUGGGAAAGACAGUAUGCAGGUUUUCAGUGAUGCUGGUCUGCUGUUUGAGUCCAGCACUGCUGGAGGCACCAGUGUCAGAACAGAACCAGUGUGUCCCUCUCCAUCUCGUAGAAAACGACGAGAAACUAUAAUGAACCUCUGGGAGUCUCUAGUGAAGAAGUACUCUGGCCUUGAGAAGGACUGCUGUAUGGAUGGAAUGAAGAAUAUGGUUGAUUUGAUAUAUAGCUGUGAAUAUCGAGCACGAUUCAUUGUGGAUGGAAAUGAAUGCAAACAGGCUUUCCUGCACUGCUGCAGCGAGAUGACCAAACGCAAUGAAGAGUCGGCUAAUGUGGCCGAACUGACUUUAGCUCGCUGUGAAAACGAAGAGUUCAUGAAUUCUGAUGACAUCGUGUCACGAACGCUCUUCCCUGAAAGUUGGCUUUGGGAGGAAGUGAUGUUGCCCAACUGUCCGUCAACAAACCUUAACUGUCAAACAACAUCUCUUCCCAGAGAUAGACUGCAACUGAAAGACUCCAUCACCACCUGGGAAAUCACAGCCAUCAGCCUGUCCAAGACCCAUGGUAUCUGUGUGGCUGAUGUUCAUGAGAUGAAAGUGGUGAAGGAAUUCUUUAUUGACCUAAAGGUUCCAUAUUCAGCCGUACGUAAUGAGCAAAUUGAAAUCAAGGCCAUUAUCCACAACUUGUACAACAAAAGAAUAAAGGUACGCGUGGAACUGAAAGAAACCAAGGACAUCUGCAGUUUAGCCAGCAGGAAAGGGAGGUUCCAAACCUUAGUGAUGGUAGAAGCGAAAUCAUCCUAUUCGGUUUCUUUUGUUAUCGUCCCACUUGCUUUAGAACGACAUGCCAUAGAGGUGAAGGCAGCUGCCUCAGUACAAGUGAGCGACGGAGUGAAGAAAGAUCUACUGGUGGUGGCUGAAGGUGUUUUGACUAAACUUGGGAAAAAUCUGCAAUUAACUCCAUCUAAGAAAGGUGGUCAACAUGUGGAGGUGAUCAAGAGCCUCAUACUAGAGGAUCAGGUGCCUAACACACCUGCGAGCACGUAUAUAACUGCAAUAGGAGAGCAGAUCAGUAUAACAGUUGAGAAAGCUAUCAGUGGUGCAGCCAUGGGUUCUCUGAUUUACCAGCCUGGUGGAUGUGGAGAGCAGAACAUGGCAGGCCUAACGAUGCCCGUCAUAGCAACACAUUACCUGGACCAAACCGAUCAGUGGCACACAGUGCAGGCUGGGCUGAGACAGACAGCUCUACUCUAUAUCACAAGGGGUUACAAUCAAGAGCUGGCGUAUCGUAAAGAUGAUGGGUCCUAUGCAGCAUAUAUCACACGACCAAGCAGCACCUGGUUGACGGCAUAUGUUGCUAAAGUAUUUGCCAUGGCCAAUAACAUCAUCAACAUAAACCAGAAUGUGAUCUGCAGCGCCAUCAACUGGCUUGUACUGAACAAACAGUCAGCUGAUGGAAUUUUCAGAGAAGAUGCUCCUGUAAUAUCUGGAUGGAUGACUGGAAACGUUCAUGGGCAAGAUACAGAAGCCUCAAUGACGGCAUUUGUGCUUAUUGCUCUGCAAGAGGGAAGGGGCAUUUGUGCCGGCAGUGUUUCUAGUCUUGACAAUAGCAUAUAUAAAGCCACUACAUACCUAAGAUCUCGAUUACAUCAUCUGACGAAUCCAUAUGCUGUUGCCAUGGCAUCUUAUGCUCUGUCCCAUGAAAACGCAUUUGACAAACAGGUCCUGUUAAGUAAAGCCUCUGCAGAUGGCAGUAACUGGCCUGUUGCUGGAAGCAUUUACUUUACUUUGGAAGCUUCAGCUUAUGCACUCCUGGCUCUCGUAAAGGCCAAAGACUUUCAGACAGCAGCUCCUAUUGUAAACUGGCUCAACAACCAGAGGCAAAGCAGUGGAGGAUAUGGCACUACUCAGGCCACCAUCAUGGUGUUCCAGGCCGUAGCUGAAUACAGGACUCAAGUGAAAGAGGUCAAGCAGUUAGACAUUGAGAUGACAAUCCGAGUUUCAGGUACCCAGCAGCCCAUUUUGUGGCAUUUCAACAAAGACAACGCUCAUCUCACACAAACAGAGAAGAUCUUAUCCAGCAAGGAGAUCAGCAUGAUUGCUAAGGGUUCUGGAGAGGUCUCUGUCACUGUUGUGACAGAGUACUAUGCGAAACCCAAAGAAAGUAAAACCAUUUGCAAGAACUUUGAGCUGGAUUUGACAUUUGAGAGAGAGAACAGAGUUACAUAUCCCGGAGCAAGUGAGACUUAUAAACUCACCAUCAAUACCAGAUAUCUGUCUGCUGACAGAGAUGCCACCAUGUCCAUCCUGGAUGUAUCAUUACUGACGGGGUUUGCUGUGGAUGAGAAUGAUCUAAAGGCGUUGUCAACUGGACAUGACAGGCUGAUUCAGAAAUUUGAGAUGAAUAAGCAACUUUCAGAGAGAGGAUCCCUCAUUAUCUACCUGGACAAGAUUUCUCAUAAAUGGAAAGACAGGAUUGCCUUCAGGUUGCACAGGAUCAUGAAUGGAGGUUAUCUGCAACCAGGAGCUGUCACUGUAUAUGAAUACUACUCUAUAGAAAAUCGCUGUGUGAAAUUUUACCAUCCAACCAGAAAGGAGGGAGCUCUUAAAAAAAUCUGUCAUGCGGACGUCUGUCAGUGUGCUGAAGAAAACUGCAGUCUUCAAAGGAAAGAGGGAAUUGAUGAGGCUCAACGUAAUAAGAUAGCCUGUGAUUCUAAAAUGGAUUACGUUUAUAAAGCUGUCCUGAUAAGCGAAGAUGAGGACAUUUCAUCAGUAUAUUAUGAUAUGAGGAUUGAGCAAGCACUCAAAACUGGGCCGGAAAAACACGUCCAGGGGACGCGACGUACUUUCACCGUACAGAUCACUUGCAAAGACGCUUUGGCUCUAGAGCAGGACAAGAGCUAUCUCAUCAUGGGCCAGACUGAAGAUGUGCAAAUGGAGGGCAAAAUCAUCCAGUAUGGUAUGGGUGAGAGGACAUGGGUGGAGCACUGGCCCAGCAAGGAAGAGAGCAAGACAAGUGCUGAACUCGAAGAAAAAUACAACGGCAUGCAGAGUCUCCAGCAGGACCUGCUCUUCGGCUGUAGGGCAUGAGUCAAGAUGUCAGGCUUUGUGCUACAUAAUAACAAAUGAAAUACUGCAGUUCAAAAAAUAGCUGAUGAUGAUUUUGCACGCUUUUGUUGCUUUUUAGUAAAUUUAACUGUUACACAGCAAUAAUAUGUACUGGUAGUAUUUACAGAUGGUUUAUGCAAGACAUUAUAAACUGUAUUAGUUGUCAAGCCUUUCUUUUCAGCUCCACAACUUUAAAGGGUGUGUUGUAAGAAGUGACAUGUGGAUCCAUAACCUGGCAGUGUAUUUUAAUUUACUCCUCAUGAACACAAAUUAUAAACUUUACACAUUUAAGCAAAUUUCCAAAAUAAAAAUGAUCAAAA